AUGAGUGGCAACAAGUUCAAUGAUAAUCACUCUGCAACGGUAGAAGAAGCGAGCAGUACUCAAACAUUGAUAUCGACAUCAAAUUUAGUCUCGUCAGUGGCAUCGCCAACCGGUACCAGAUUUCGUUCUCGGGCUAUUGUUGUUAAAACAUGUUUACAGUUUAUAACUAAAUCAAAAUGGAGGUUGUUAACUAUUGAUAUCGACCAUUCAAAACGUGCUCCGGAUGCUCCAACGUGUGUGAAGUUAUUCGUUACAGGACCAAAUUAUCUUACACUGUUCUAUGAAGAACCAAUACGAAACCAUGGCGCAACGGUGACAAAAUAUAAAGUUGAUUGGUCGUCAUCGGAAGACUUUAGUGAACGGUUUCACUCACAGAUUAUUAAAAAUUGUAUUCAAAGCGAAUAUGUUAUCCGAAAUUUACCGGUUGGUAUACCAUGUUAUGUAAGAGUAUCAGCUGGAAAUAUGAAAGGUUUUGGUCCAUUUGCCAUACCAGAUCCUCCUUUUGCUAUACCAUCGAGUUGGCGUGAAUUAUCGAAUUCAGUUCGACAAAAUCUACGUGAAAUAAACUUCAAAGAUAUUGUAUUUAGAAUCAACGGCGAAAUCUUAUCAGAUGGGCAUGAAUCGCCCGAGACGCCGAAUACACCGUCAGCAAGACAACAUCGACAAAGUUAUGGAGCAGUGCGAAAGAAUGUUCGUCAAUUAAUGGCAUUCCAUUCAAAAUUAGAAAAAACAGUAAAACGGUAUAUAUUGAC